GGAGUUCAUGACACCACCAUUGUUGGUGCAACAUCGCAAUUGCACCCCCAAAACGCAUUUGAAUGCGGUAGCAAGCAAUCGAGUUUGCGAUGUCACCUCGACUUCCCCUGGGGACACAUCGAGCCCUCGCUGCGGGCAUCUCACGAAUCCGCAUCGUUCAGCGGAGGUGCGCUUCAAACUCCGCAACAGGACCAGAAAUCUACGAUGUGGUAUGCGUGGGCGGCGGCCCGGCCGGACUGAGCCUUCUUGCUGGGCUUCGAGCCUCCAACCUGACCAGAGGACUCAGAGUUGCGCUCAUUGAAGGCCAAGACCUCUACAAGAAUCGACUACCUAAGGAUGCCAGUCUCGAUACCUUCUCGAAUCGAUGUUCUUCGUUGACGCCUGCCUCAGUCAAGAACCUCCAAGAAAUUGGAGCUUGGGACCACGUAAAUGCCGCUCGGGUACAGCCAUACCAGGAAAUGCAAGUAUGGGAUGGCGUGAGCGAUGCACGAAUCUCCUUCGACUGGGACUCCGCACGCGGAAUGUCCCCGCGCAAGCCUACACAACCUACUACAAUCGCCUACAUGAUCGAAAAUGUAAACACGAUUACUACGCUGUUGUCUCGCGUGGAGGAAUUGGGCGGGGUUGAUAUAUUCUCUGCAACAAAGGUCGACUCGAUCGAUUUGGGCAAGGAGACGGAACACGCGGACUUCUCGUCAUGGCCAAUCCUAUCGCUAUCGAACGGCAAGUCUCUGGCAGCACGAUUACUAGUUGGUGCAGAUGGUGCGAACAGUCCGGUUAGAACAUUUGCUGGUAUUCAGUCUCGCGGGUUCGACUACAAUAGACAUGGCGUGGUUGCAACAUUGAAGCUCUCCGGGCCCGGCUGGGGAGGAGCGGAUCAUAAAAUAGCCUACCAGCGUUUCCUUCCUUCUGGUCCGUUGGCCAUGCUUCCCCUACCAGGAAACAUGGCAACUCUAGUCUGGAGCACAACACCUGAACGGGCAGCGAAACUCAAGACGCUUGCGCCGAACGAUUUCGUUGCGAUGGUCAAUGCAGGAUUCCGCUUGUCACCAACAGACCUUGAGUACUUACACACAGUACCGUCAGGCCAGGAAGAUGAGGUCCAAUGGCGAGAGAAACACACGUCGACGAAUGAACGUGCCAUUCCCGUUCGCGCCGUUGAUGUUCAACAAGGCACAGUAGCUUCAUUCCCACUUCGCAUGCGCCACGCCGAUACCUACACUGGCGAACGUGUGGCUUUGGUCGGCGAUGCUGCGCAUACCAUCCACCCACUUGCAGGUCAGGGUCUCAAUCAGGGCCAGGGCGAUGCAGCUGCUCUGGUGCGAACGAUAUCGCAUGCAGUGCAGACAGGACAGGAUAUCGGGUCCACAAUAGCUCUCGAAAGUUAUAACGAAGAGCGAUAUGCAGAAAACAAUGCCAUGUUAGGGGUAUGCGAUAAGCUUCAUCGGUUGUACAGCAUCGAAUCUGGACCUCUCGUUGGACUUCGCAGCAUUGGCCUGAGAGCUGUUGACGCAAUGGGUCCACUCAAGGGAUUCCUGAUGGGAAGAGCAGCGGGCGGCGCAUGAUUAUGAUGGCAUCGCAUUGGAGGAAACCCAUUCUUGUACAACAAAUCCUGUAGAAAUAAGUCAUUACAAACGCAGAGAAAUACGAGAUUUCUCGUUAAUAGACUUUCAUGACCUC